GACUAUGUACAUGCCCCAACAGCGGGAAAAGACAAUCUUAGCGCCCUCAUGAAGUACUAUGAUCGAGCCGAGCACUAUGAACGUCGGUUGGAACUCUAUGCAUGCAUUCAGCAUCUUAUUGAGAAUGGUAUUUUGCGCACAGAUCGAGCAUCACUCAGUGGAGGGUCAUCCUUUCAUGGAUCCCUUGUAACAUUUAAGGAGCUUUUCCCGAACCUCGUGAACAUGUUUCCAUACGCAGAUGCCAAGGAGAUUUCUGCAUUGACACAAAUGAUUGCGUCGACCUAUAACAGUGAGACGGUCUUUGAUCUGUGUAAUUUCCGGAUGCUUGUUCCUUGGGACCAGGGACAAGAAGCAAAAACGACAAAGAGCAACGUGUCGCCAACGACCGGGGAGCACCGGGGUGAUUUUAUUUCUGAUAGUGCUGUGGGAGAGUACUCGUAUCACUGGAAGGCUGUGUUUUGCCGCGGUGUUAUGGGCCAGUUGCGGUGGGCGUUGGAAUCCGACAGUGUGGCGUGUCCUCUGCAAACAGGGGAAGUGAAGGGCGGGGAUUUUAGAGACCAUUAUUUGCAGGUCCUCGCGGAGCACACGUGCCGCGCCCUUCUUGCGGAAAUGGUGUUUUGUCGCGUCUCAGAGUACGUUGUACGGGUGGAAGGAGUAUGGCGACAACGAGGCCAAGAGGUGGCACAUAAUCCGAACACAGCUGGCAGUCCAAGUGAAGAAGACGCACUGUUAAAGUUGACAUCAAACUGGGGCAUGCUCAAGUACAUGGAUGACCACUUCUACGAGCCAUCCUUUGGAAACUGUCUGCCAAACGAUGGAAUUCCAAAGGGGAGGCGGGCUCAGGUUAAUUGA